UCUGAAGGUUAUAAAGCUAGCAUAACGUGAAUACGUAGCUGUGUUCCCAUACACACGCGCCCCCAACAUGAGGUCCUUGGGAAUCAUAUUUGGGCUUCUACUAGCUUACUGUCAGGCUUUGCACAGGAUUCCUCUCCACCGGACUGGGACGCCACGCUCUCUCGCCGCCCUCAGGACCGCCCACGCCGCCCACACCCGCAGGAUCGACCCUCACAACGCCCUUUUGGAUAUUGAAAAUUACGUAGAUGCACAGUACUACGGCUGGAUAGGCGUGGGCACGCCCUUGCAGUAUUUCAAAGUGGUUUUCGAUACCGGGUCGUCUAACCUGUGGGUGCCCUCCAAGGACUGCUCUGUCAUCAAUAUUGCAUGCCAAUUCCACAAUCAGUAUGACCACGGCGCCUCCUCGACGUACGUAGCGAACGGUAGCGAUUUUGUGCUACACUACGGGACAGGUUCGCUAGAGGGCUACGUGUCCUUGGACAACGUGGACAUGGGCGGUUUAGUCGCGCGAGACCAGGGCUUCGCGGAGGCCGUGAAGGAACCGUCCCUGACCUUCGUGGCGGCCUCCUUCGACGGGAUCCUGGGCAUGGCGUUCCCGGAGAUAGCCGUCCUGGGCAUCCCGCCCGUCUUUACCACGCUCUACGCCCUGGGCGAGGUCGACGCGCCCGUCUUCUCCUUCUACUUCAACAGAGACCCUAGCGAGGAAGUGGGCGGCGAGCUGGCUCUGGGCGGCUGGGACGAAAACUACUUCGUGGGUGAUCUGACGUGGGUGAACGUGACCCAGGCUGGAUUCUGGGAGGUCGAGAUGAAUGGCGUGAAAUACGGCGGCGACCCGGCGGGCUGCGCGGGCGGCUGCGUGGCGGUGGUGGACACGGGAACCUCGCUCAACACGGCGCCCACGGAGGAGGCGGCUGCGAUCAACCACAUGAUGGGCGCGAUCCACAUUCUGGGACCCGAGUGGCUGAUCGACUGCAACAAAAUCCCAGAAAUGGGAAAUCUGACCUUUACUCUCGGGG